AGGCCAGUUUUCCAACAUCCUACUGCAUGUUGAACCCAAAAAGGGCUGAGAAUAGCAAGGGGCACACAUGGAUGUUGCUGGACACUUUCAUGCCAGUCACACCCUGGUGGCAGAGGAUUUGUGGGCCAGGGUCUGAUGUGUUUUCCCCAAGCCCUGGUGUCUUUGAAGCCCUGCUGUAUCUGGUAGCACUCCCAUGUCACUGGUGAUGUACACAGCAACUGCCUCUGACGCAAAAAUUGCUUCACUCUGCACGAAACUGCAGUAAAACAUGACACCUGAAAGUACUGUGGUCUGUGCAAAAGGGAGGACUAAUGGAAAAAUGUCACAGUACAGCUAGUCUGAAACUGAACAAGAUAAAUCUAGCCAUAACAAAUCCAAUUUGGCUGACCUAGCUCAUUUUAGAAUGGAGGUAACAGAGACCUCACCCAGCCCUGUUCAAACUUAAAUGCAGAUUCCCCACUGGUCAGAGAGCUGGGCAGAGAGAGGUCUCAUCCAUUCAGCUGUCUGGGCCUGGAAGAUCCAAAGUCCCAUAAAAAGGGCAGCCAUAAUAAACUCAUUGCUGUUUGCUGAUCUUGAUCAGUGUGUUGUGUCAUGUUUCUGUCUCCAGCCCAUUUCCUCAUAUAACAGAAAAGCAUUCCCAAAACAGAGGCCCACAAAAGUUCAUGGCUUCCUCUCAACAGGAAGAGGAACAAUGAUGGCUUUUGCUUCUAUAGGGCAAUACAUGAUGGAAGAGUGUGGAGAAAGGGUUAGGAGGAGCAGGCUGGAUUUGCCAGGCUGGGAAUGUGGGCAGGGCAUAUGGGUAAAAUGUCCUCCUGGUAUUUUCUGUGAAAGUCUCCUCACUGCAACUCUCACCUCUCAAGAGAAUGACUUGAUUAACAGCUGCUGAUGUUUCCAGGACCACUUUUCUGGUCUGGGAUGGGAGGCUCAGGUGUUUCUGGAUCAGAUUGCAGAGUUUUCAGAAAUUUGGUCUACUUAAAGGACAGAAGAGACACUGAACAGGCUUGAAAAGAACCUGGACCCUUGGUAUAUCUGGCCCCUUGGAAAGAAAUAACUUGUAGGAAGAGGAGUCAGUGAGCCUGUAUUGAAACAAACCCAGCAUUUGGUACCAGCACAGUGCCAUCAGGCACUUCUUUCAUCUUUUCAAGUUAAAUUUGUCUGCAGUGAUCAACAAUGAAUGUGCUGAAAUACAUAACAGGAGAAAUCGCUGUUGGAGACUGGUGCAAGGUGAUCUCAGGAAUCUGUGACCAAGUAACCCUCAGCUGCAGAUCAUCUGCAAGGUGGCAGCUGUGUAAACGAGACUGCAGGCUUCCAGUUCCUAACUCAGAGGCUGAACCCACCAAGAAUUCAGAUUACAUGAGUCAGUCUCAAGAUGAAGCACCGGAUGGUUACAGCAGUGCUGGUAGCACUGGUACAGGUUUCACAGAGUUUCCCUGCCUUUUACCACCGAGGCUGGUGGAGGCUGCUAAGGGAAGGAGAUAGUUGUGGAAAAUGUGAUUUGGCAUUCUGCUCUGAGCCCAAGGACUGUCCAGCCGGGGCUGUGCUGGAUCGCUGCGGCUGCUGCCUGGAAUGUGGGAACGUGGAAGGUCAGAUCUGCGACUUGGACCAGGGCAAUCAUUUUUAUGGGCAGUGUGGGGAUCACCUCGAGUGCAGGUUGGAUGCUGAUGAAGCAAGGUUUGGGGAAGUCCCUGAACCCCAGUGUGUGUGCAAAUCUCAAGAAAGCAUCUGUGGACCUGAUGGGAAAACCUACGAAAACAUCUGUCAGUUCAACAAGGCUUACGCUGGGAAAAGAAACAUCAGCAUGAAACAUAAAGGGCCAUGUGAAUCAGCUCCUGUUAUUUCUAUGCCGCCUCAGGAUGCCCAGAAUUACACUGGCAAUGAUGUCAUUUUUGGCUGUGAGGUGUCAGCCUAUCCUAUGCCACAGCUUGAAUGGAAAAAAAAGGGGAAUAAAAUGUUUCUGCCAGGAGAUGACACCCACGUCUCUGUUCAGGCAAGAGGUGGGCCUCAGAAGUAUGGUGUGACAGGCUGGCUGCAGAUUCAAGGCCUCAAAAAAUCAGAUGAAGGCAUUUAUAUCUGCCACACCAAAAAUAAGCAUGGUGCAACAUAUGCCUCUGCAAGAUUGAAAGUCAUUGAUGGCCCAUCUCCUGCAUUUGCAUUUACUGCUGGCAGUAGAAGUGCAAGCUACAGUGUUGAAUACGAGGAGUACUAUGACAAUUCUGACGAGGAAGAUGAUGAAGAAUAUGAAUCCGGGAACUAUGAUAAUGAAAACAAUUCUGAAAAAUAAUUUUUAUACAUCUCUUGUCCAAAUCCUUUCACACUGUUGCAUUUCACAGUAGUCUCUGUUCUGUAAAUGGCUCCUCUGAUAACACACA